GAAUUAGUUUUCGAACGAUACGAAACGAACGGAAUACAGUACCUGUUCUCGGAAAUAUGGCGCAGGCUGAGGACGGGGACAAGACAAUCCCGGUCGAGCUCCCCGACAGCGAWAAGCCCACAACCGGGACCAUCAGCAACAGAAGUACCAGAAACAGUCACAACAACAACAACAAUCGGCACAGCAAUGCACCGGCGGAGAUUGCGCAAGAUCCGCCGUUGAACGAUAGUGCCAGCGAUAUUGGCGACGACAGAAAACUAGCGGCGGAAGCUUCGAUUGGAUCCUUGGGAGCCUCUGCCGAUACAAAGCAUCCAGCAGAGAACUUCAACGAAAGCAGUAACUACAAUUACGGCGGAAACGACACUAUCGGAAACGUCGAUGGCACCAACGCCGGUCCGGAAGUCAUUGUUGUCGGUCCGGUUGCCGACACCACUCGGGCUGUUUCUUCCGCUUCACUAAUGGGAUCUUCGGAGGUAAGGCAGGCUAUAGAAUAGAGGAUGUUUCAUUUUAGAUUGCAAUGUAAUUGAGCAUGAUCUACAGUACUCGGAAUCCAAUGUUGGGAACCAAGCCAAAAAACCUCUGCGGUUCUGUUCGAUUUUCAAAAGGCAAUAGCAUAUCCAAAGGCUUUUAAUGCUGUCCUCUAAUUUGCCACCAUCUCACUUUCUUAUCUUGUUUGCUCGCAUGUUGGAUUUUGGAUGUUGAAUCUUUGUUAUUGGUCGAUAUUCGAAACAAUUCAAUCCAAAUAAUUGCAAACGGCGGAAACAAUAUGAAUACUGAAUACUGCAACAAACACACAUGUUCGAUCUACAGGAAGAAAGUGUCGCUGAACUCGGAACCAUCGAGCAGCACGAUGUCGGCGCAGAGGAAGCGGUGCAAGGAGAUUGUAGCGACGGCAAUAUCGCGGACAAUAAGCGAAGGAAGGAAAGAAAGCAACACAAAGAAGUCGAGGGCGAAGGUGGAAGAUCAGUAUCGUCGCCUUCUUCCUCGACACUUCCUCAGCAACGACAAAGAGAAGGACAUCAAAAUCAGCGAGAUGAGUACAAUAGCACUCAUAACAGUGAUGGUAAUAGCGCUGGAAUGUGCACGGACCCUAUUUCCCCACAUCCCUCGUCUAUGCCGGUAGCUCCGCAGCAUUGCACGCACGCACCAACUUCGUUGCCUACUUUCAAUGAGCCAAGGUCCUGCAUGUGGACAUCUUCCCAUGCUGCCAAUGCACCAUCGGAAGAUCGAAGUGCUUCUCUCGUCAAUGUCCUCCUCCAACCCCUCCCUCAUACCAACUUUGAUUCCGAAACGCAAAUACAAGAUAAUUUCAAUGAUGGUGAGUACCGUUCGCUCAUCCGCUUGAAUCUUUGGUCGGUCAUUGACGGACAUGGUGGUGGAUGUGUUGCGACCUAUGCCUCGGAGGUACUAUUGCCACACAUUGCGGCCUCAAUAUCGAGAGCGAUGGGAUGUGCAAUUGUCAGCCGUGGGGUUUGCUUGGUCAACGGACAGCUCAGAGACGCAAACGCUCUGGAUCUCGACGGACUUAUCAAAACUACCGGAUCAGAUCGAAGCCAAUCAAACCCAAACUCGAUACAUUAUCGAUCUCCGUAUGAGGCUACGGCGAACAUGAGCAACACAGACUUUUCCGACAAGGACGACGAAGAUGACGAUGACAACGCCACAAAACCGAAAGUGGUGGAGGUGAAACAACGAAAACGUCAACGCGGGCCCAAACACCCAGUUCCAAUCGGAGACCAUCCGCAACACCAACACAACAACAGCGAUAUCCGAUCCCAUGGCUGUGGUGUGCCCUCUCCGGCUUCUGCCACGCCCUCGCAACAUGCAUCUCCGUCCCCAUUGCAGCAGCGACAGCGACCACAGCAACAARCGCGAUCACGUCGACUCAGCACAGAUGAUACGAGAGCCGAAGUAACAUCUUCCAUCAACCGGUCCGAAUCUUCCGUCAAGACCUCCGUCAAGACCUCGGCAUCGGUUGGCGUCGCGAGAGAUGGUGCCCCGCCGGGGACGCAUUCGCCCCAAGAGCAAUCGGCCAUCAUCAAUGCAAUUACCCAGUCCUUCUUGUCGGUUGACGAGGGAUGGAUUAACUCCAUCGAUCCGGUUGCUACCCAUCAAACCUCGUGCCAAUCCAAUGGCAGAUGGAACAGCGGUGCUUGCGCUCUUACCGUUAUGAGUGUCCARAGGCUAGAGUGGACCAGCGUUUCGUCGUCAUCGGAAAGGCGGAACAACGAAGACGAAUACGAUGGUGGCGGCGGCCUGGGGGCAGGAGAUGGGGGAGACGGUGGUCAUGAUACGUCGCAAAACAAAGACGCAGCUCGACGCAGAAGAAUCGAUCACAACGAAAAUCGUGCUCUGAAGAUGGCCAGUUCUCUCAGUACGAUCUCGUCAACAUCUUCUCUCACAACCACGGACGACAGGAUACACAACAAUGCCUCGGGACUAGAAUCGGAAAUCACCGAAACAGAAGGAGAAGAAGACGACCACAGCGGUCGCGACAGUGGAGACAAACCCAAGAAAUCUCGGUGGCGGACCAAUCCACACCAUUCCGCGCGAAAUGACUCUGCCAAUGUUCCCAAAGCGUCGCUCAUCAGCGCUCCCGGUGGAUGUUCCUGCCAUUGCUACCGUGCCUACGAUGCAAUGCUGUACACUGCACACGUCGGAGACUGUAGAGCGGUCAUGUUGGGAUCGGCACCCCCGAGAACCAUCAAUGUUCGCGGUUCCGCGUCUUCGACGAAGUCGACUGGCACAACCAACGCAAGUCCGAUUGGCACCGGUGGUCCGGGAAACCAAACCGACGACGAAUCGAGCCAUCAUAGCUCGGACGAGGUACGUUACCAGCAACAAAAUCAUAUUUCGUAUUCUUUCUUGUUUGGCUUUUCCUUCUACCACUUGCACCUCGCUGCAUGUGGCUGCAUGUGGCUGCAUGUGGCUGCACUUGGAAUCCGAAAUGGAAGUAACAGAAACCAUUAGUGUCUAUCUUUGAGCGAAAACGAGCUGAUGGCUGUAUUUUCCUUGUUCUCUAUAUUCUUGCGGCUCGUAAUUCGUCUCAACCAAGACCGAAUGCUUGAGCAGUUCCGACCAUGACGCCGACAGCAGCGAUGACGAAGAUAUCAUGUUGGGAAUAGAGGAUCGRCAGCGUCGCCAGAACAAUCCACAUCUCGAUGGAUCGGCAGCCGUUACAAAAUCGACCGUUGCCGCAGGCAAUUCGAGCAGCGCAUCUGCCCCGUACAUGACACUGAUGCGCGGUCGACAGCCUGCYCGACCUCGGCGAUCACGUCGCCGACGAUACGAGGAUCUAGGCAUGGCAGCUCCAUACAUUGCUCUUCCACCACUGGAAAGCUUCCGUUCGAUCGAAAUCGAAAUCGAUCCCGAUUACGAAAAAAAUCAGAGAAGACGCCAUCGCCAUCGAAACCACAGUAACAGCAGCAAAAGCAAAAAUGGCAGCAACGACAAGAACGAUGGUGUCAACAACGGGAAKGGUCUAUCGGCCAAUGGCAACAACGGAGAGCAAUCCGAGGCUUCCUCCUCUUCGUCGUCGUCCCCAUCUUCGCAAGACAGCCGAGAGUUCCCUCCGGCAAUUAUUUUGCCACCUAACGUCCGUCCUAUUGAUCUCACGACRGAUCACUCUGCCUACAACCCGUAAGUUUUUCAUAGUUAUCGCAGUGUCGUAUAAAGGCCCUCAGUGUACUGAUUUUGCUUCUUGUCAUGUCAUUCUCACCCUCACUAUUGUUUCUUUUUCUUGCUAUAUAUUUGCCUGCUUUAUUCCAGUGCUGAAGUUACGGCGGUCCUUCGUCGUUGCAACAAUGCUCCUCGUGCCAUUUCGGCGGGCUUGGGCGGGGGGAUCAAACGAGUGGCGGGUAGUUUGGCAGUAACAAGAGCACUUGGAGAUGCUUACCUCAAAACUCCACGUUUGUCCUUUUUCCCCUACAAAACCCACACUCCAUACAUUACUGCUCGACCCGAAGUAAAUUGUCGGCCCCUCGUAAAGGGAGGUGACAAGGUGUUGAUGCUUGCUACCGAUGGAGUUUGGGAACGGGCGGGUGGGGAAGAUGUGCUGAGAUGGUUACGAACAUUUUACUCAGAACGGCUGGCCGAAGCCGAGCGACGGAAGAAUAUCGGACGAUUGAACAAGAUCGAGAACCAACACAUACACCACCAAAGCAGUUCAGACAAGGKGGACAUGAGUGUAGACAAUGCAUCUAAUGCUACUGCUACCAACAACUCGAUCGACGACGAGGACAGCGUGGAUUCCCAACACGGGGACAGGAAGGCCGACCUCCCGCAGAUGGAUGCCACCGGUGGAACCUCGGCGACCGAAGCGAGCGGAUCCAAGAAGCGCGAGGCCCUGUCGCCCCCUACAGCCGCAAACGCCGCGAAGCGMAGAAAGCUGACCCGGCGUGCCACGCCGUUUGGCUCGAGACGGAAUUCCACGGUGGCCGAUGUCAUUGUCCGCCGGGUUCUCAACAAAGUACGGAGGGCCAGGAACAUCUCAAGUCUUCACGCACUMAUGUCGUUGCCCCCUGGCCGGGCCCGUCGUUCCAAGCACGACGAUAUUACGGUUUGUGUAGUCGACCUUGCUGCAUUCAUCUCGUAAAGAAAGGCAGGUGGAAAACUAACCAACCGUUCUAGCGGAGAUUCCUUAUCGGAUUUCUUGGUCGGGUUCUUGCGGGAUCCGAUGCUCAUCUACAACCGAUGGGGUGSGGUAACAUUCUGAUACUU